GCCCCCGGGGGGGGGCCCCCCAGCGGGGGGAGGGAAGUGGGGGGGCCCCUGGGGGGGCCCCUGGGGGCCCCCAUUCCAUAUCGGAGUCGAUAAGCGAGUUUGACGCGGAUGUGGUUCUUCCUCCGAGUGAUGUGGGCCCUUUGUUUGAAAUUCUUUGCAGAAUAGAAGCAGCAGAUGCAGAGGAAGCCCGCGAUGGCUCCGCGCGGUCGGAAGAGGUGACGGAGGCCGACCGGGAGCUGCUGCGUCGUUUGCCGCGGGGGUGCCGCCACAAGCUGGGUCUGUGGCGUCGGUGGCGCGCGAGCCAGCAGCAGCAGCAGCAGCAGCAGCAGCAGCAGCAGCAGCAGCAGCAGCAGCAGCAGGAGUGCGGGGACCCGCUGGCGCAGCAAGCAGCGAACUACCUGCAGGGCUACUUGGCCGUGUACGAGUGGCUGCCGCGGGAGAAAAGGGACUUGCCGCUGCUGCCGCAGGAAGUGCUGCAGUGGGCCCUUUUCCUUGUGGGGCGCGUGGGUGCUGCUGCUGCUGCUGCUGCUCCGCUGCAGCAGCAGCAGCGGGAGGCCCUCGCGGAGGCCCCCACCCACCAGCGGGGCACUGACAAGGUCCUCCUCUUCACAGAAGACCUCCACGCCUGGCUCAGCCAAAAGGCCCAACAAGUUGAACUCUACAGAACCACCAACAAACAGCCAGAGGCCCUCAGUCUCCAAAACUACCAAAACACCAUUCGCUCUUGGAGACGCCUCGGCUACGACGCCCGCAGGCGCUGCUGGCUCGUGCCCCCCGAACAGGAACAAGGGCCCCCGGGGGCCCCCCACGCCCCGGGGGCCCCCCAUACCCAGGGGGCCCCCCAUACCCCGGGGGCCCCCCAUACCCCGGGGGCCCCCCAUACCCCGGGGGCCCCGGGGGGGCCCCACGCCCCGGGGGCCCCCGGGGACCCGGGGGCCCCCGGGGCCCCGGGGGCCCCGGGGGCCCCGGGGGACGCGGGGGCGAAGAUGGAGGCGGGGGAGAGCCCGGGCAGCAGCUCCAGCAGCAGCAGCAGCAACGGCCCCAGCAGCAGCAGCAGCAGCAGCAGCAGCAGCAGCAGCAGCAGCAGCAGCAGCAGCAGCAGUUUGUUGUGCAAGUUCAGCAGGCACCACUGGGUGACUGCGCGGCACAUUUUGGAGUUCCUCCGCUGCAGCGAAAGAAAAUACCAAAGAGCCAUAACAGAGCCAGGGGAGGCUGUGGGGGCCACGGGGGCCCAGUCCAUAGGCGAGCCGGGCACGCAAAUGACUCUCAAGACCUUCCACUUCGCCGGGGUGGCGUCGAUGAACGUGACGCUGGGAGUGCCGCGGAUAAAGGAGAUAAUAAACGCGGCCUCGAAGAUCCAGACUCCGAUAAUAGAAGUCCCUUUGUUGAAUUCCGGAGACUUCAACUGCGCAGUGUUGGUCAAAAACAGAAUUGAAAAAACUCUAAUUGCAGAUUGCUGUUCUUACAUCAAAGAGGUUUAUUCCCCAGAGGGCGCCUGGCUUUCUCUCAAGCUCGACGCCCCCACCAUCCGCGCCCUUUUCCUCGACAUCAACGCAGACAAGGUGAAGGAGGCGAUAUUGCGUCACACGAUGAUAAACAAAGUGCGGCUUUCGAAGAAUUGCGUCGAAGUCGUAAAUGAGUGGAAGCUCCGAGUGCUGCCUCCAGGAGGAGACCAAAUUUUUUUCCAACUGCAGGCUUUGAAGGCGGGGCUGAUGGAGGUGGUUUUGUGCGGCUACAAAGACGUGAAAAGAGGGGUCAUAAAGCGGGAAGAAGUGAAGGGGCCCCCCGGGGGGCCCCCAGGGGGGCCCCCCGGGGGGGCCCCCGGGGGGCCCCCCAAAUAUGUUUACUGUUUGGCCGUGGAGGGCUAUGGCCUGCGGGAGGUGAUGGGCACUCCGGGGGUUCGGGCCACUGGGGUGACUUCAAACCACGUGAUGGAGGUGGCUCAGAUCCUGGGCAUUGAGGCUGCACGCCAAGUCAUUAUCGACGAAAUUCGCAAGUGUAUGGACGCCUAUUCGAUGGACAUCGACUGCAGACACAUGACGCUCUUGGGCGACGUCAUGACUUUCAGAUUGUGA